AUCAAUUGUUCAGAACUAUUUCAUCAUACACGAAAAUUGGCACGACCUAAUCAUCGAAAGUCCAAAUAGCUAGCUACCCCAUCAAAAUCAACAUGCCCGGCCAGAAACUCCCAGAAGUGGAUCACUUUGUCCCUGUCGAACCUUCCAAAGAGCCUAUUGAAUUUGUUGAGCUCAAAGUCCUUGACUUUUCCAAGUACAAUGACGGGCCCGAAGCACGCAAGCAGCUGGCGGAAGAAGUGCGACAGGCGAUGACCACUCAGGGGUUUUUCACGAUCAUCAAUCACGGAAUCAGUCAGAGUGAAAUCGAGCGUCAGGUUGAUAUUGGCCAUACCAUUUUCAAACGCACCCCUCCCGAAGAGAAGGAGUCACUCAAAGCCCCAAUUGUUGAGAAGGGUUCGUACUUUGGAUUCAAGCCGCGUGGUCACUGGCGCUUGAUGACCGGCAAAAAGGAUAAUAUCGAAAACUUUAAUGUCUCUCGAGAUAUGAAACAGACACCCCAACCUACUGCCAUGAAGCCGUUUAUUCCAGAGAUCCAGAAAUUUAUUGACUUCACACACAAUGACAUUCUUUUCAAGAUAUACCGUCUUUUUGCGAUCGCUCUUGAAAUCAAUGACGAGGACUUCUUCGUUAAGCUGCACUCUUAUGAAAAGCACGAUGAAUCCUGGCUCAGAUAUAUGGAAUACUACGACGAGAAUCCCGUAAACACCGCAAACGGCGAGAAAACCUUGUGGCUGGGAGGUCACCAAGAUCUUUCGGCAUUAUCGCUGCUUUUCAGCCAGCCAAUGUCUUCGCUUCAGGUUCGCGACUACGAUGACGAUUCCAAAUGGAAGUACGUAGCUCACACUCCCGGAGCUAUCAUUGUUAAUGCCGGGGAGAUUGUGAAAUGGUGGACUGGGGAUUACUUCAAGGCUGCAAUUCAUAGGGUGAUAGAGCCACCCAAGGACCAAAGGGGACAUGAUCGUAGCAGUGUCUUCUAUUUCGCCGUGCCAAAUGACGAUGUAGUGAUCAACACGCUGCUUGAGGAGAGUCCGGUCCUCAGAGCGGCUGGUGUUGAGAGGGCACAUAGACCGGAAGAUGCGCCAACAAGCAAGGAGUGGGUGAAUGCGCGGGUGAAAAUGACGGGCCAGAAGGCCGCAUUUGCUGGCGAAAGUAGUGGGGGUAGUGUUGUUGAGAAGGUGGGCAAGGUAACGACGACCUGGUUUCGAUGAUUAUCAAUAUCAAAUGCUUCUAAAAACCACAUGUAAUUAAGAUCUUUGUAUCAACUAAAUUCUAUAGUUUUCAUGUUCC